GAAAUGUUAUCUCAAUCUUACCUCGGUUAAGCUGCCGUCGAGUACGUUGCUUCUUGGUUGCUUCUCUCCUACAUCCUCUUCGUCUCGAGACUUUAUUACACCGCGUUCUGUCGGUUCAACAAGUUUGUAAUCCUUGUACAGAAAGAAAGGAAGGGGCGGAUUACAGCUUCAUAGAUGGCUGCUAAUGGUACUGCACCAUCUGGACUUUCGGCACCCUCAUGGCGACAAUACCCUUUCUUCGAUCCAGUGUCCGUUAAAGACAUCCAUGACUCGGGAAGUACGCCGAAUAUCUUCAAGGCUACCCCGGAAAUAUCAACCAUCUCCUCCUCCUCUGCAGGCGUAUUAUUCGCUGACAUUCAUGGUUCUAUUCAUCUUCUGAACCAAGAUUUUGAAUCCAUCAGUAGCUGGAUUGGACACGUCGGUGGAAGAGUGACCCAUAUGGUGGAACGGAAAGGGAUUCUAGUUACGCUCGGCGAAGAAGACGCCGUCCGUUCACCGCUGCUGAAGAUCUGGGAUUUGAACCAGAAAGAUAAGCGCACCACAGCUCCUAGUCUUUUACGUUCCACGAAAAUACAACUGGGAAACCGACCCCACCCAGUAACCACACUUGCGUUAUCGGCAUCCCUCUCACAUCUCGCUGUUGGCCUCGGUGAUGGAACCGUCGUCUUGUACAGACACCUCGAUCAAUCCCUGGCUGCUUCAUCUACAUCUCUCACCGCGCUUCCUAAACCACGCGUCAUUCACGAAUCUCCGACUGAACCCAUCACAGGCUUAGGGUUUCGCGAACCUACCGUCACCUCAACACAGUCAGUUAAUCAAAUGAAGCGCAAUAGCGCAGAAGAGAACCAUUUUGCAGAUCCAAACCUUUACCUAUUCAUAAGCACUACCAGCCGCGUCUUGGUAUAUCAGGCGACUGGCCGUGGGUCGGGAGCAAAUGCCUCUGUAGCUGACGAGAUUGGCUGUGGGCUUGGUUGUGCAGCUAUGGAUGGAGGCAUUAGCGCUUUAAUACAAGGCGAGAGUUUGACUGCGAUUCAAUCUGGCGAAGCCGGUCUAGGACGAGGUAUGGGUGGUAGGGAUUCAGGACGUGCGAUGAUUGUUGCCAGGGAAGAGGCUCUUUAUAUGGUCGGAAUCGACGGAAGAGGUAACUGCUAUGCUCACGAAGGCCAAAAGUCGUCAAUUCACAUACAUUCGGCAUACGUUGUGAUAGUCUCUCCUCCAAUCCUUCCCACUGGCUCAGCAGCUUCGGCAACCGUGCGGAACAUCGCCCGGGCAGGUGAUACUGAAGGUGAAAUCACCAAAGUCACGAUCUUCGAUCCCGCCAACAAACUUGUAGCCUUCUCUGGCCCAUUCAAAGGAGUACGUGAGGUUAUCAGUGCACCUUGGGGUAGCUUAUACGUCCUGGAGGAUGAUGGUGAGUUAACGCACCUAUCAGAAAAGCCGACUUCAGCGAAACUCGAUAUGCUCUACAGCAGAGCAUUGUACAGCGGUGCUUUGACGCUUGCACGAACGCACGGUUUGGAUGAGAGCAAUAUCGCCGAGAUUCAUCGGCGAUACGGAGACUAUCUUUACGCAAGGGGUGAGUAUGAAGCAUCGAUGGCACAAUAUAUCAAGACUUUGGGACACGUCAAGGCCAGCUAUGUGAUACGAAAGUUUUUGGACGCACAACGAAUUCACAGCCUUGUCACUUACCUUCAAGAACUACAUGCUCAGGGACUCGCAAACUCUGAUCACACUACGCUACUCCUCAACACCUAUACAAAGCUUAAAGACGUCUCUCGUCUAGACAGUUUCAUCAAGACAGAGUCCAAAUCUCGUUUACGAGAUAACUCCAAUAAGAAUGCGGGCGUUGAGGCUGAAGUUGAGGAGCUUCCGUUCGACUUGGACACAGCCAUAAGAGUUUGUCGCCAGGCUGGUUACUUCGAACAUGCAGGAUAUCUCGCGAAGAAGUAUGAGAGGCAUGAAGAAUACUUGAGGAUCCAGAUCGAGGAUGCUGAAAGGUAUGGUGAUGCCUUGGCAUAUCUCAGAAAACUUGGCGUUGAUGCGGCUGAAAGCAACCUCGCGCGCUACGGACGCGCCCUUUUAGCUAAUCUACCGGAAGAAACCACGCAAUUGUUGAUUGAUCUCUGCACAUCCUCGGGUACAACUCUCGAAGUUAUCGAUGCUACCGCGGAAGACACACCCAAUUUAGCGAACAACAAGUCGUCGGUUCUUACAGCUGCAGCCACUGGAGGCGCAUCGUACCUUUCGUACCUUUCCCUCCAUCGUGGUCAAGCCUCCGACACAGCAACGAUACCUUCCCCUUCAAUCAAGACUGUCAAAGGAGGGGAUGCAUCGUCCGUGCGUGAUGAGACAAGUACGGUAAGGAAUGGUGAAACUGGAAGCCACCACGACACUCCCCGGACUUUGUCUCCACCCCCAUCUGCAGUAUCGGCGGGAACAGCAGCAGCAACAACUCUGGCCGCUUCUGGUUUGGUCGGGACUGCAGUAGGAACUUCUCGGCCACCGAGGGUGCAGCCCGCGAAAAGACUCAGUCCUCGUUUAUAUUUCGCGCAUUUCGUAGACCACAUGGAACAAUUCGUGGUUUUCCUCGAGACGGUCGCGAUGAGAAGGUGGGGUCAGAGCGUUGAUGUAGACAACAACAGCUUUGAACCUCCCUUGCAAUCCCCGGUUGACGUGGAGAGCGGUGAAGAUGACGAGGGGAAGGACCAAAUUGCGAUUUGGAAUACCCUACUGGAGUUGUACUUAACCUUGCCUGGAAUUUCCGCCACCCCAACUUCUCCUGCACAAAGCGAGUCUACUUUGAGGGAGAAGGCUUUACUAGUUCUGAAAAGUGAUAAUCUACCUUACGACCCCACACAUGCCUUGAUUCUGUGUUCGAGUCACGGGUCCACAAAGGGAUUGGUGCUGCUAUGGGAGAAACUGGGGAUGUAUGAAGACGUGUUGAGAUUUUGGAUGGAUCGGGACAAGGAAGGAGUUCCAGAAGCAUCGGAAGAAGUGGUCAGGCAUCUGAGGAUGUAUGGUCUUAAGUACCCUCAUCUAUAUCCUAUCGCACUACGAUUCCUGACAUCGUCAUCGGAGCUUCUGACGAAACAUCGGGAGGACGUGGUCGAAGUCGUCAGUCACAUCGAUCAAGAGGGUAUCUUACCUCCACUAGGAGUCAUACAGGUGUUGAGUAGGAACGGUGUUGCUAGUGUUGGAUUAGUGAAGGAAUGGUUGAUCCAGAAGAUCAAGAAGGAAAGAGAAGAAAUUCAAACUGACCAGGAGUGGAUCAAUUCUUAUCGUUUGGAGAGCGCCGAAAAACUCAAACUCGUGGAAGAGUUGUCUGAUUCAGCUCAUCCGAAGACCUUCACCGUCACCCGAUGCUCGACUUGUAGUGCACAGCUUGAUCUUCCGAGCAUUCAUUUCAUGUGUAACCACAGUUAUCACCAACGAUGCCUUACUGGAAAUGAUACGGAAUGUCCUAAAUGUGCCCGAGAACACGGGGUCAUUCGCGACAUUCGAAGGAACAAUGAAAUCCUCGCUAACCAACACGAUGUUUUCUUGGCCGAAGUCCAGGAAGGAGGAUUCAAAGCUGUGGCUGGCGCUUUCAGCCGAGGAAUUUUCAACACUCCGAGGCAGGAAGACGCUGUCGUUUAGUUAUGGCCGAUAUUUCUAUCCAGUUGCUACUGCUUCAUAAUAGAGACCCCCGAUUACCUCCAGUUACCGUUGCCCCAAAUCUGCCCACUGGCGCCAAUUUCAUACGCUGCCGA